CUUUCGCGGAGCAGAUCCAAUAUAUCGCGCUGCAUGCGGUAUGCGACGUAUCGCGACUCGGAAAAAGAUGAGUCGUCCUUUCUCCCUCCGAGUCACCCGAUCUCUCGCUGACUGGCACUGUGUUUUUGAGGAGCGGAGAGACUGGCCAUCUCGAUGCCGCUUCUUGGGACCGGUGCCGGGGGUCGAUCAUACCGUCCUACCUACCUCUGCUCUCAUCCGGACCGUUCUGACCCCCUUGUUGCACAGCGCUUUGAAUUACGACGACGCCCGGGACCCGCGCGGAUAAAGAUGAGUGUUUCUGUCCCUCCCUCCCUCCCUGCCGCUCAGAAAGCUCCGUCGGGAUUGGCCAUCCCGUCGGAGUUCUCCGAUCGGCGGCAUAAUCGUCUUUGCUUCUGGAUCUGCCCGCUCGCUGAUUCCUCGUUCUCUUAGUAUCCAGUUCGCGGCGCCGGCGGUAUUCCUUCACGCCUGAGAUUUCGUUUGCGAGAUCGCUCUGCAAUAUGCGAUGCGCGUGUGAAUGGGUGCAAUGGCGCUGUUUCGUCGACGCUGCUGUGGAUGUAUGUAUGUAUGUACCGUACCGUGCUUGAAGUGUAUCAACGCGAGAUGUCGAACUGCCGAGAAGCUUUCACUUGCUGUACAGUACGCACGCAUCCGCGAGACGAUUCCUCGCACGAGACGAAGCGACGAUGUAAGGAACAGCCAGUCCAGGGCAGGGCAGGACAGUGCUCGUGGAGAGCACAUUUUAUUUCUUUCCUCAGUAUGAUCGUAUGACGCAUGUGUGAGCGAUCCGAAGGAGGUAUGCCAGUGCACAAUGACGGGGACGUAGGAGCGCGUCGGUGGCAGCACGGCGAUACGUACGGCACAUUGCCUUGCCGCAAGCCAUGUAGAAAUGAAGGACAAGUACAGGCAUUUAUAAACACGGUUCACUACUACCGCUGCCUAGAAGCAACACAGCUUACCAGUCCUGCAGAAAACGUCAGCACGCGGUUCAUCGGUGGCAGGACUACUACAGCGAGACGUGGGGGAGGGAUCAGAGAUUCGACAAUAUCAACAGCGCAGCUGCCCGCCUCCUUUUUGUACACGGGAGACUUUGGUGUGAGCAGCCGGUUCGUGUCCGCCCGUCGAAUGUUUUCAUCAGGGAAUGGGAUGCGGGGGGGGGGCGGGGGUAUGGAAAACGAACGGAGAGAGACGAUGGGGAGAGGGUACUGACCAUGUGGAAACCGGAACGCGAGCCACGGACGUUGAGAGGAAACCUGAAAUACACGCGCGUCAGCUCGAGCUUGCCCAAUACGACGACGACGACGACGAGACGGGAAAAAAAGUUCAGACAAGGCUGAAAUCGAUAAAGUAUUCCACAGCAUGUUUCGGAAUGUGGUAAAGUAUGGUAUGAUUUGGAUCAUCACUGGAAGAGAUGGGGGUUCGGACGCGCAGACACAUACCUUGCGUCCGAGGUCAAGAUGGUGGUACAGGAAAAAAGAGGUAUAAGGUGGCGGUGCAUGUCUUUGCCCAAUUUGGGCACCCGCGAUGACGCACCCAGGCCCCCACGUGCUGAGCCCCUUUCAAUCUUGCCUCGACCUGCCACUGAAACCCAGAGCGAUAUCAUAUAUAUGUUCUCCUUGCUCCCGGCUGCCCUGCGCCUAUCCGUGGCGUCUCUUCUCUGGAACAACGGGUGGGAGACAGGCACGCCGCACGCCGGCUCCUCGACUCCACCAGCGCCACCCGCGACACGCUUCCAGCUGCGGCACGAGCACGCGAUGUUCGGCGCCGGACGCAGCGUCUACUCGAACAUCCCGCCCCCUCCUCAUUCUUCUCCGUCCUCGCUCGACUCCGGCACGCACAGCGAGGGCUGGGAGUACGCUGUCCCGACGACGGCCAUCCGCACGCACCGACCCCGCUCCCCCCGCGCGUUCGCGCACCCGCGCUGGAGUGCCGGGCAGACGCCCGUGUCGACGUGGGACCUCGUGGAGGAUCUGCCCGCGCCCGACGUGUCGAAGCGCGCGACGCUCCUCGCGCUCGCGAAGAUGACGUCCAAUUCGUAUUACGGCGAUGCGGGGCACAAGCUGUGGUACCCGCUCGAGGGAUGGAAUACGAGCAUCCCGUUCGGCUGGGAGCCAGACGCGGACGGGUUCCGGGGCCAUAUCUUCGUGAGUGACGAUAACAGCACGGUCGUCGUCUCCGUCAAAGGGACCUCCGCGCCGUGGAUCGCAGGCGGCGAGGGGCCCACGAAGAAGAAGGACAAGCUGAACGACAACCUGCUCUUCUCGUGCUGCUGCGCGCGCGUCGGCCCGACGUGGUACCCGGUCUGCAACUGCUACGCUGGCGGAGACAAGUGCGACGCCGACUGUGUGGAGGAGGCGCUGAUCGAUGAGAGCUUGUUCUACCAUGUUGGGAUUAAUUUAUACAACGAUGUUGCUUUUAUGUAUCCUGAGGCGAACAUCUGGCUGACAGGGCACAGCCUCGGCGGAUCUCUAGCCGCCUUGCUUGGAGCCACAUUCGGUGUACCCGUCGUGGCAUUCGAGACCCCCGGUGAGAAGAUGGCAGCAACGCGCCUCCAUUUACCUUCACCUCCCUCAACGCACCACAUCACGCAUGUCUACCACACGGGCGACCCGAUCCCGAUGGGAACCUGCACGGGAGUCACGUCCUCUUGCGCCAUCGGCGGAUACGCUCUCGAGUCCAAAUGUCACCAGGGACAGCGCAUCCUGUACGACACGGUAACGAAACGCGGCUGGUCCGUCGACUCCCGGCAGCACGGUAUCGCCUUCAUCGUCGAGAAGCUGCUCAACGAGGACUGGGAUGCCGAGGCUGGAUUGGAGGUCCCGGAGAUCGACGAGCAGACGGACUGUGUAGAUUGCUUCAAUUGGGACUUUGGGUCGUCCAAGUAGAUGUGCCAGAGCGCGCUGGGGAGUUCUCUUUGCGGAUCCGAGUGCCUCCUAACUAAUGGAAACGAUUCUGGCCGCUCAGUGUGCAGCCUCCGCAAGAGACUCAGCUGUGGGCGAAGCGCUCAUUAAUUAGCGAGCCAAGCUCUGUAAAUUAUCAUGAUUUACGUGGUUUCGAUGACCGACUACCCUGGUUCCUACUGGGCCAGCGGAUCCGAUUCGGUACAGCUCAGAAUGUUUUUACGUCAAGGUGGUAUGGUUUGUCGUCAAAU